ACCCGUAGGUACUGCAUGUGUCUGGUCCAAGCUGUGGAGAGGCAAGCUGUGAAAACAGUAAGAACACAUGAUUUACAAGGAGGAAGAAGAGGAAGAGGAAGAGGGGGAGGGACAGUGGGUCUAUUUAAACCACAGCAGAAUCUGCACCAAGAGACACACAGGAAACAAGACAAAAUGACUAAACUCGGACUGAGGGCGUCUUUAGUCGUGGCUGGGUGCUGGGUGCUGUGUGCUGCAGAUGUGUCCCCUGCUGAUCUCAACACGCUCUACAACAGCCCAGUGAAGACGGCCGAGUGGGUCAUCCGCCCCAAACAGGGAAUCUGGGACUGGGUCCCAGAUAUGUACCCCACCACCCACAGCGGAGUCAGGGUGACUCUGGAGGACGGGAGACAGUUCCUGAUCCACAAAGGACGAGACUUCGGAAUAUUGUCAGAGACAGUGGUCACCGACGCAAAACACAUGUCCGACAAAUGGGAGGUGAAGCUGAGGCGGGGCUUCAUGGGGUCUGUGACUGUGGGGGACUUGGUGAAAGCUGGAGGAGAGAAGUACACCAUCAUGUUGGGGGAGCACUGUCACAAAGCUGCAAAAGACAUGAUGAACCUGAAUAUAGAAGAAGACGAAACAGUUAAACCGUGUGUUUUUCUCCACCCUUAAACAUGUGUAUGACAUGGGGGUGAUUCCAGCUCCAUCGAAUUCAGCUCUAAUUCACUUUCUAUUGAAAAAUCACCCCUCUUUUUGUAACUGCUGCUGUCACAUGCUUCAUUUUGGUCAUUUGGUCUAAAAUAUUUGUAUUAACCCACUCUGCAUGAUCCUGUUUUUGGUUGUUGUUGUUUUUUUUUUGUUUCUGUUUUGUUUUGGGGGUUUGGUUGCUGUGAUACUUACGGUCUGAUUUCCAAAUGUGGAAGCUCAAAAUUCCUGACUGGUUGUAAAUCUCUGUGUGUCUGUAAUAAAGUCAUUGUGAUUCUGUACUUGGGGGAAACUACAUUUUAAAACUGCACUGUGUACGAGGAUCUGAAACCAUAACGAUGUUGCCAGGAAUAUUAGGAAAUAGAAAGGCAUAAAACUUUAUAAUUUCCAUGGAGAUAAGCAGACCAAUAUCAGAUCUGUGGAGAGGCGACUGCACUUACUGUAAGUACAGUGUUUAAGAUUUUAAAAACAGCUGCACUGAAAGAAAAAAAAGUUUGCUGAAUUUGUGUAAAAAUAAUAUGGAAAGAGGUUGUGUGCAAUAAAAAUGAUGUUUGAUACCCUC